UCAUGACGUCACAGGUGCCAAACGGUACAAAUAGAGGCGCACGCUGACUAGUAGUACUUGUGAGUGUUACUGACUACCAAAACCUUGCCAUUAAUUGUCCACGAACACUAUAAUAGUAGAAGUAAAAGCAACCUUAAGAGUUCGAAGAAGUAUUCCAAGAUGUUUCACGACCGUAAGCUGGCCAACCAAGCGGCGAAGGCGCACAGGCAAGAGGUCCGUGCGGAGAGGAAGGAAGCUCAGCUGCACGCCAAGGCUGCUCACGCCGCCGCUAGGGGGAACGUGGUCAGGGCGGUUAAACUGGAGACUCAGGCUGCAAACGUGCACAACCGGGCUGCAGGGGCGCAUGCGCGGGAACAGGCGGCCCUGGCAGCCAUGCAUCACAAUCAUCAUCAUCAUCACCCACAUCCUCACCACGGCCCGGCGGUAGUGCACGUGCACCACACACACGUGACCACCACACCCCCACUCAAUUACCCGACAGGCACUGCGGCCCCACCUCCUGGACCAGCUCCCUAUCCGGGCACCCAGCCCGUUCCACCGCCACCGUACCCGGGAACUCAGGCGCCGGCGUACCCCGCUGCCCAGCCGGCUUACCCCGGGACCCAGCCCGCUUACCCCGGGACCCAGCCCGCUUACCCUCCCGGGACCCAGCCCGCCUAUCCACCUGCCUACUCGGCACAGCCAACCUACCCUGGAUACCCGCAACACUAAACGGACUGUACAGUUGUGUUUACCUUUCAAAAACAUACAGUAUCCGAUGCAAUAUCUGCUUAUAAACAUGAAAUAAUACUGGUCAUGGAAAUCUAAUAAUACUACGUUGUCAUGUACGUAUAUUUAUGACACACCUAGCUUGUAAUUGCAUGCUUGGUCUAACUGUGCCCGCUUUAAAGCUGAUAAAAUAACCUACAAGUUCUCAAAACAUGCCUGAGCAUCAACAAGUUUUAACAUAUCAUUUUUUACCGUACAAACCAAGAUUAAGGAGAUUUUGGAGGCUGUGUAAGUGGCUUCUGCUGAGCCUAGUCUUUAUCAUAUAUACAUGUAUGUGAAAAUUAUGCGAUAUGUCUUUAUGUUGCUAGUUAAUAGUAGCCUCUACCAGGCUUCAGGAAGCGGCUAGAAUGAAUAGAAUCUGGCCAAAUAGACAGGUAACAUGACAGGGGAGUUUGUCCGCUAAAGAGCAAACUGUCUCCCGUAGAACUCUUUAGCUAACCGACUCCACUCUGUACUUGUAUUAGCCUCCUGUGCAGGCUUCGGGCGGGUGGGAGUUUUGAUACUGUGUUUUGUAGAGUUUUUAACGCGUUCCAUCCGCCCACGGGUAUCAAAACUCCAAUCCGCCCGGAGCCUGCACAGGAGGCUAACUUGUAUAGGCUAAGCUUCUAGUGCUGAACAAGUAAAGCAUCGCUAAUCUCCAAGCAGAUGUUGAGGGGAAAGAUCGUCACGUUUUCUGACGGCCUGCUGACUUCUCUGAGAGGCCAGGCAGUCAGGGACGCCAGGCCAUCGGUAAGCGUUACUAUCUUUCCCCUCAACAUCUGCUUUGAGAUUAGCGAUUCUUUACUUGUUCAGUACUACAUGUAUAAGCCUAGCCAUGUAUCUGCUUGGAGAUCAGAGUUUCGGGUCCAAAAAUACUCUUUAUCUACAUGAGAGGUAACAGCCUUGACUGUACAGUUUCACGAUUGUGCCAAUAAAUCACCGAACUUCUCUUCGA